AUGUUCUGCUUCCACUGCCCCCCGGGUCUUCACCCCGCCUCCCGACCCCUCGGGCUGGACCUACCCUUCCAGACACACCCGUCUUUUGCCGGAUACGGUCUCCAUAGCGACCUCCAUGACGACGCCUUUGCGAGACGGAAACAACGGCGUAACCGCACCACAUUCACAUUGCAACAAUUGGAGGAGCUUGAGAAGGCGUUUGCACAGACGCACUACCCGGAUGUGUUCACGAGGGAGGACCUAGCGCUGAGGAUCAACCUUACCGAGGCCCGGGUACAGGUCUGGUUUCAAAACAGAAGAGCGAAAUGGAGAAAAAGUGAGCGCUUCACACAACGUCAGCCAGGCUCAAAGGACGAGCACGACACUACUGAUGACGUCAAAUCUGAAACCGAGGCUGACCCCGAUGCUUGCGGUGACUUGUCGGACACGGGCACGAACGCAGACGAUAAAGAAAGCGAAGAGGGUGUAUUGCAUACUGAGACUUUACCCGGUACUGAAACAGAAGACAUAUUACGAGAAAACAAAAACGAUGUUGAUGAACCUGAACAAGAAAUGCCUAAGAGUGAUGCUGUUCAUUUGAAUAAAGACACUAAAGUAGUUGUAAAUGAACGGGAACAUAUUGAAAAGGUCCCAAAUUCGCACUCAAUCCACCAUUUAGUAGCUACAAAUAAUAAUAAUGAUUCACCGUCACCGUUCGCGCCCAAACUCAGCACAGCUGUCGAUGCGACGUCAUCACCGCAACCGCCAACACCUCCGCUAGCGCCAAUGGCGCUCUUUAACAGCGCACGAGCGAACCUGAUGAUGACGUCAAAGCCCAUGUUGCAGCACUCCUUCACCCAAACGCUCAUGGCGCUGAGUAACAACGCCAUGAACCGCCCUUCGUUUUUCCCGAUGCUUGACAGCAGCUAUAAACAGUACCUGGACAACUACUUCGCCCCACGGCCCAUGUUUCCAUCGCAUUUCCCCACCCAUCCAGCAUUUAAAGGCUACAUGCCACUCUGCGGAUGUUGCGGAUCACGUGGACCAUGUACGUCCAUUCUGGCCGGACACGAGACGCGCACGAGCAGCGUGGCGGAACUACGACGGCGCGCCCGCGAGCACAGUGAGGCCAUGACGUCAUCGGAUCCGGGCUCUCCCCUACACAGAUCUUGAACCGGGUAGAUUAUCGGAUCCUUGCGCAGACAAUCAAUGGGCUGAGGAAUUAAAUCGGAUCCUACAGUUUUCACAGAUAAAAAUUAUA